AUGGAGAGAGCCUGGGGAAUUCUCUUUCUGGCCGGUCUGGCUGCUGCUGUCCCUCUGGACACCCCAAAGACCCUCGAGGAAGCCCUUUCACAAGUGAUUGAGAUCUACAACCGGGGCCCCAGGGUCCAAAAUGCCUUCCGUCUCCUGGAAGCAACAGCUCCACUUGAACUGGAUCCCACCACCGGAACUCUUCAGCAACUGACCUUCACCAUGCAAGAGACCACCUGCCCCAACUCGGAAAACGUUGUCACUGAGCAAUGUGAAUUCAAGCCCGAUGGGUUGAUAAAAGGUUGCACUGGAUACUUCUCCACCGAGCCGGGAAAUCCUGCUAUCCUUGUCAGUUGUGACAAUGUGGUUCAAGAGCCUGUCCGCGUUACCCGAUUCAGAGGACUUGGAGGGUUUGUGAGAGGCUUUUCAAGAGGAAUUCGCUUCUGGGACUCCAAUCAGUAA